GGCCAGGGCUUCAGUCGCAGGAGGAGGGCUGCCACCUCCAGACCAGAGAGGGUGUGGCCAGAUGGGGUCAUUCCAUACGUAAUCAGUGGGAAUUUCAGUGGUGAGUUCUGACUAGGAGAUAGAGAGACCUUAUAUUGACUUGAUUUUCAGAUGCUUCAUUGAUUGUUAACGUCUCUCCAUCAGUCUGUAUAUAUCUACAGUAUAGCUACAUACCAUAACUUUGUAGCAUUAUAGAGAAUAAAUAAGUAUUUGUUUGUCUUUGAUGUCCAAUCAUAUAAGCUGUCUACUAAUGUACUACAUCAGUAAUUCAAUCCACUGAGACUCUCAGUGCAGUCCUUGAUUAGGGCACUUGAAGGACCACCCUCCCUUUUAGGCAGCCAGCGAGCGAUAUUCCGUCAGGCCAUGCGUCACUGGGAGAAGCACACGUGCGUGACCUUCAUUGAGAGGACAUCGGAGGAGAGCUACAUAGUCUUCACCUACCGGCCGUGCGGGUGAGUGACAGGCCAUUGUUGCAAUAGGCCAGGGUUCUUCAAUUCCGGUCCUGGAGGGCCGAAACACCUCUGUUUUUCAUCCUCUCCUUCUAAUCAGGGGCUAAUUAAGACCUGGGACACCAGGUGAGUGCAAUUAACUACCAGGUAGAAAUAAAAAACAGAAGUGUUUCGGCCCUCCAGGACCGGGAUUGAAGAACCCUGCAAUAGGCUAUAGACGCUUUAGCUGAGAACGCCACGAAAACUAAGCUCACUCUUCAAUGCGGCAGAAGGCCGUGUGUUGUGAUUCUGGAUGGCCAGAUAGAUAGCAACAAUGAGAAGAAACUGCGAUGUGGGGAAUUUUAAGUGACUCGUUUCAGCUAGUUUUAUCUUGUUCUUUUCACUGAACGUCAAUGCUAAUAUGGCAAAAAUUCGCUAGCUAGCUAACCAACAACUGUAACGAUGUAUUUGAGAGACAAAUUCUCAUUGUGCAACUUAUGUUGUCAAUAGACAUUGGAGACGAAAUAUAGUGUACAUGUUGUCAACAACCUAAGCCAACUCCGUCUGUUUUGCCCCAUAGUUGCGCCCACGUCGGUUUUGUUGCUAAACAACCAACCCGUCUAUUAGGAUACCAAAUCUUCUCUUGUCUCUCCAGGAAAGCUCAAUGCACGCACCUACUACUUAGAAGUCCCUGCUGGUAAAUUACAGCUCUCUCCUGAUUUUCAUCAGUACCGAUCCCUACAGCUCCAUCACAGCAGAACAUUGCCAGUUGCUUCUGGGUUGUGGCCAUCUACGCUAAGCUGUCCUUGACAGAAAAUAUGUUUUUCCUAUGCAAAAGAAUGCACUUCAGGCAGGAACGCUUCAUUUUAGCCUAUAUCUUCAGCUCCUGUGGUUUCAAACCUGGUGAUUAUCUCCAUGAGCAGCAACUACGUGCCUCCCCAUUGCCCUUAAACCUUUUCACAAUGUCUGCCAUUCAGACAGGGUUCGUACUGCACACUGCAGGACUAAUUGCGCUUGCUUCUCAUAUUCUUUGCUUAAGACCGAUUAGCACUGGCUACAAAUAUGUAGUCUAGCAGUAACACGCUCAUCCUCGGAACCACAUAUAGAUGCCGGUUCGAUCCCCGCAUCAGCCCUAUGCAUUUGGCAUCCCGCUCCUCUUUCUCCCAGCUUCUCUGCUCCUGUCAUUUCACAAAUAAAUACAAAUAUGAAAGGAGUUUGAAAUUCUGUUCUCUUUAAAAAAAUAAAAAAAUAAAAGACUAGGAGCAAUGCUGUGAGGUAGUUAUUCUAUACAGAGGAUUUGAUUCUAGACAGUGUGUAAGUACACUGUUUUUUGGCCAGGUCUCACUUGUAAAAGAGAUGUAUAUCUAAAUGUGACCGCUGGUAAAAUAUAGGAUAAAAACAUAUUUUGUUGCCUGCAUGUGCUGUGUUAUUUUUUUUCAACGUGUUACUGUAUGUUUUGAGUGUUUUUGCGCCUCCUACUGCCACGUCCCCCCCGCUCCAAAACUAGCUGAGAUCGUCACAAAUUGCUUGUGACAAAAAAGAAAACCUGGAAUAGUGCCUCAGAGCAAAGUCUUUCGUCAGUUUCUAAAUCUGGGCUUUCAUGUGUGACUGACCACAGAGCUAGAGCUGUAUUGUAUUUCUCCAGUUGCAGAGUUUGACCAUACUGGGUUAUUGAAGUGUGCGGGGUAAACGGUCAAUUCCAUUUUCAUUCAGUCAAUUCAGGGGACAAAUUAAAGUCAACUUAUGAACUGAAAGAAAAGCAAUAAGCACAAAUCAAUGGGUAGUUUUUCAAUUCAAUAAAUGUAAUAACAAGUUAUUUGUGGGCUGAAUUGACUGAAGUAAAUGUUAAUCAAACACAAUCCGUGGGAAAAGGCCCACUGUCGCCCAAGCGCAUAUCCCCCUGAAAGACUGUGUCUCCCUCUACAGGUGUUGCUCCUACGUGGGCAGGAGGGGCGGUGGUCCCCAGGCCAUCUCCAUAGGAAAGAACUGUGACAAGUUUGGGAUCGUUGUGCAUGAACUGGGCCACGUGAUCGGCUUCUGGCAUGAGCAUACACGUCCUGACCGCGAUGAGCAUGUCAGUAUUAUCAGAGAUAACAUCCAGCCAGGUAAGUCCCUCUCUCUCUGUCUGUCUCUGUCUGGCUGCCUGGCUGUUUAGUCACAUUAUUUAAUAAUACCUGAUUUGAGUCUGACAGGUCAAAUUGUUAUUCUUCCCAUUUGUCCCAGGACAAGAGUAUAACUUCCUGAAGAUGGAGCCAGGGGAGGUGGACUCUCUUGGGGAAGUGUACGACUUUGACAGCAUCAUGCAUUACGCACGGAAUACCUUUUCCAGGUUGGUACAAAGCAACUGAUUAAUCAAAGGCUCUGUUUGGUCCAUUGGGUACUGUCUGGUUGGACAUUCUACUCCUCAGGAUCUACAUUUAAUGUAUUCUGGCCUUCAGUUAAGUAUUAUUCACACAAGUACUUUGCUUUUCCCCUGACAAUCUAGUCAGGUCGAAUAGACAUGUUAUGCACUAAGCAUCUCCAAAGAAUCUGCAUAUUAGUUGUCUGGUAUACAAUAAAUGAAUAGUGCCAUUUAUUAAGUUAUGUAAAUUGAUCAUAUUUGCAUUUUUUUUUAAAGGCAUCCCCCUCCCCCUGUGCAUGAUAAAUCCUCUUAUUAGUAUACAUGUUAGAAUAACAAUGUCACAGUCAGGAACUGAUUGUCUUCCAGCAAAACUAACACUUUGCACAUAGUUAUCCUGCAAAUAACCAUGGGAAGCCAUGGGGAUUGGGUCCUGAUUGGGAUUGGCAUGAUUUCGCAGAAGACAGACGUCUUUUCAUUUUAGUCUCGUGCAUGGUGUUACCCUGUUGCUUUUUCUGUGUUUUACUUUUUUACCUCCACCAACACUUUGCAGGCCAGGGUCGUGGAGGCGGGCCAAGGUAAAUAUAGGGCUGCCAGUUGGUUCUUUGUAUGUGACAAUCUGGGCUGGAGUGGCCUUGUUCUCUGGCAUUCAGGGAUGGGCUCCACAGAGCCCUUUGGCACAGCCUAAAGCCCUCGUUCAGAACACUCUGUUUGCACAUGCCUGCCAUUCAAGGGUGCAUCGCCAUGGGAACUGGGUGAUGGUGAGCUCCCCAACUGGCUGCUGGGGGACAGAAAGGGAGUUCAAUAAAGUAGCAAAGUGUCAAACAGGAACCCCAUGUGAAAAUAUCUUAUUAUGGCAUACUCCUCAGCUGUCCCAACUCAUGACUGCUUUUCCAGUGGAAAUGUAGUUUACGAAAGUUUAAUCAGGAAGGCUACGGGCAUAGUGGGAAUGAAUACAAAUGUAUCAUCAUCAGCAUAGCGUCUUGUUUCUUCUCCUCUUUCCUAUUAGCCAUGUGCGGAAUGUGAUUCACCUAUUUACCUUAACCUACAGAUGUAGGAUCUUAAUUGGAGCCAGUUUGCUGAGAGAGAGAGCGAGAGAAAGAGAGAGAUCAAACAGCAGAUCUCUUUGUUUCUUUGGACGUAGAACUAGCAUCUCUGUUUUGUCCGAGUUUAAAAGUAAAACAUUUGCCGCCAUCCACUUCCUUAUUUCUGAAACACAGGCUUCCAUGGUAGGCAAUUUUGGGCCUUCACCAUGUUUCAUCGAAAUGUACAGCUGGACCAGAGAGAAGCGGUUUUUUUUACCUCAAGUGUAUCAGCAACAAAGGAGUGAUCAAAUUAAGAUCCUACAUCUGUAUAAGCACAAUAAUGCACAUUACUCACGCUUGUUGUUUAACCCAUGGGUUCACUCUGGCAAUUAUCACCUUCCUCUCUCUCAACCAACCAAAUCUUGGGAUGUAUUUGUAUGUCAACUUACCCUCGUUCUCUCACUUGCUUUUUCAGCAACAGUUUUGGGGUUCGAUGCCAACAUGGCUACCUGCCAUCACAUCAUCUGGUGCUGAGGAUCUUCCCUCAGAGAUGAGGCCAUUCCCCAAACUAUUUAAUUAAAUGUCAUAUUGCAUUCUGUCUUUGCUGUUCAUUUAGUUAAGCCUGUACUCGAUUGAACUGUUGUUAAUGAUGGUAAUAUCUAAGAUGAAUGGUUUUGAAUUUUUGCGGUAAAACCAAAGUUUCUUCUUGUCCAUCUUAAUACAAAUGAAAACUUAAGUUCUGCAAAGAGAGAAUAGGUGUAGGUCUCUCUUAUUGACCCUGUGUGUUUCUGUUUGUGUCUGAACUACAGAGGCAUCUUCUUAGACACCAUUCUACCUCGCUAUGAUGUCAAUGGAGUCAGGCCACCCAUUGGCCAGAGGACAAGGCUGAGCAAAGGGGACAUCACACAAGCUCGCAAACUCUACAAGUGUACAAGUAAGACAUAUCCGACUUGGCAGGCCCCCUGACUGCUGGUUCUUCGGCUGUCCCCAUAGGAGCACCCUUUUUGGUUCCAGGUAGAACCCUUUUGGGUUCCAGGUAGAACCCUUCCAUUUUACCUGGAACCCAAAAGGGUUCUUCAAAGGGUUCUCCUAUGGGGACAGCCAAAGAACCCUUUUAGCUUCUAGAUAGCACUUUUGUUUCUAAGAGUGUAGGAUUCUCACCAUGUGAAAUGUCUGAGAGAACAUGCUGAUAAACCCUGCACAAGGUCUGACUACUACCACCCCUGCCGAUUCAAAAGAUGACGACUAAUGAUUACUGUGUUUAUUUUUCUGAAGACAAGACCAUGAUGACAAAGCUGAGACAUUAGUAGAUGAAUGGAAUUGCAUUGUCAUGGUCGAAAGGAGAUUGAUUGGUUCUUUGUUUCCAAAAAUUGGAAUUCAGUUUAUUGUUGUAAUCUGGAGAACUCAAGCCACAGGAAUGGCCAACGUUAUUACAAUUCAACAACCAAUAAAUCAGCAACCAUUCAAGUGCUUGGUAUUGUGCCUCCUUUUUGAGGCUAAGGGAAAUCUACAGUAUGUUGAGACUUCCGAAACGAAAGCUUGUCUUUUUGAAACCCAGCAAUGGUUUGUUUUUGCACACUGCCUUCUUUCUCUAUUGUAGCUUAUGCCAUUCCUGUGGUGUGUUUUGAGUCCAUUUCUUUUUUUACCAUAUUUUGUGGGCAGGGUGUGGGGACAGCCUACAGGACAGUAGUGGAAACUUCUCCUCUCCUGGUUAUCCCAAUGGAUAUGCAGCCUAUGUCCACUGUAUCUGGAGGAUCUCUGUCACACCUGGAGAGAAGGUGGGUUGAAAACAUCCAAGGGCUAGCCAUCAAACUCUGUCUUGUGGAAAUAGUUCACACUGAGUUUCUCAGUGAGUUUUAUCAGUUCUAGGGUUGCAAAGCUACUGGUAAUUUACUAAAGUUACCAGAAUCUUCAGUAAUUUUGGUAAUUAACAGAAAAUAUAUGGCAAUUUAUCGUAAUUUUUGUAAUUUAUAUUUGAAUAACUUUAAAAAAAAUGUUUUAUUCAUGUAUUGUAUUCAUUUAUUAUAUCUGUGUCCAUAUGUGACCGACCGCCUCGAUUCGGUCUUAUGUAGCAACAUUUGAAAUUGUGUUUUUUACAUUUGAUAAAAGUAGAGACUCAGAGCUAGAAACUGGUAUAUCAUACACUGCAGUUGAGGAACAAAGUUGGGAAAGUAAUUCUGCUUUGAAAGUUGAUAAACAUUUAACCCCACUUUUGAGAAAAUGGCCCUUGAAUGUUUUGGUACACCUACUGGAGAGCUCUUCUUUGUCUACACAUAUUCAGUAUCGUUCACUCCCUCUUAAGCCUUAGCCCCACCCAUCUCUUUAAGGAUUCACGUGAGGCCAUGUGGUAAACACACACUAUAACAAAGUUUCUUUGUCACAUGCAGAGGAUACAGAAGGUGUAAGAGGUACAGUGAAAUGGUUACUUGCAUAGCAGCAAUAUCAAAAACAGAAAGUGUCCAGAUAAAAAUAGUUUAUAAAUAUUUUAUCGUUAUUAGAUGACGCUUACCCGAAACACUUGUCUAAAUUGAUGGGUCAUGUGAAGGAAAUGCUAUAACCACCCCCCAGCCACAUCUAGCUAAGUGGAUGGGUCACUAUUGUCUAGACAUGUACACAUGUUCAUGAAAUACAAUAGAUGGCCAUAAUCACCCCCAGACACACCUGGCUAAUUUGAUGGGUCAUGUAAUAAUCUGGCCGAAAUGGAGUCUUUUGUUUAGACAAACUAGCUAAACAAUGAACCGGCAUAAUCCCAACUCAUACUACUACCAAUACAAACAUUGUGAUAGCUGUAGUAUGAAUCUGCAGGUAGCUAAAGCCAACAAACUAGCAAUGCAAAUGAUUUUCUGAUUCGAAUAAUAUUACUACACAGAUCGUACACGUAACGUUAGCUAUCGAGCCAGCAAGCUAAUGUUUGCUAGCUAACUAACAGUACGAUUUAACUUGCAAUAAAAACGACUUUCUGACUAAAUUAGAAACUUAUAUCUGAAAAGGUGGCUAGACUCUUACCCGUAUACAUGGAUGAACGCUUCAUGGCAGACUGGAACCAUUUAACUCCGUGGCAUGUGCAGAAAUUAGCCCAUCACUUUUUCUAACUGAUCUGUCGAUAGCACCUGUUAAAUUCAGGGCUUCAAUGUUGUUGAGAGAAGUAGCAAAACUUUUGUAGUUCUCGAUGGCUAACGUUAUAUCUUUCAAAAACGGUGCGGUAGAAAGGACUGUCAACACAUACUGAACAGCUCACGUUAUAGACAGAAGCAUGCUACAUGGGCUCCUGAGUGGCACAGCGGUCUAAGGCACUGCAUCUCAGUGCUUGAGGCGUCACUACAGACCCCCUGGUUCGAUUCCAGGCUGUAUCACAACCGGCCCUGAUUGGGAGUCCCAUAGGGCGGCGCACAAUUGGCCCAGCGUCGUCUGGGUUUGGCCGGUGUAGGCCGUCAUUGUAAAUAAGAAUUUGUUCUUAACUGACUUGCCUAGUUAAAUAAAUGGCAAACCAAUUCAAACAUAUCCAGCCCAUGCAUUAUGUCAGCCAAUCAUGGCUAGCGGGAAGGUUCCUGUCUUUUUCCGUGGCUAAACCAACUAGGCUCGUAAUGUAACAAUUGUAUUCGUAUUUAUGGAUGGAAUACAUGUUUGUUAUUAAGGCACAUGAAAGGUCACAUGUUCCAGAAGGCAUUUCUGCCAAAAAACGCAUUUUGAUAAAAAAAAUGUAUGUUUACGUUCAAAUGCCGCUCUUGUGAAGUAGUGACGUGCGACAUAUGCCUAGUUUCCUGAAACUAGUCACAUAUUGUCCAUGAGUUUCUAGUAGAUAUACCAUAUGGUUGAAGAGAAAAUAGCCUAAUUAAUGGAAAAAGUAUUUAAUCAACAAUGGCAUUAUUUUCAAUUAACUCUGCAACUCUUCCAACUAUUGACUUUUUUCACAACUGCCACCAGUUUGACACUAAAACAUUGACAACAAAUACAUAUUGACAUAGCAAAAUAAAUCAAGUUUGUAAAUUAAAAUAAAAAUGAUAUUCCAUGCAGAAACCCUCAUAUAAAACACCAGUGAUAUUCACUAAGUUGCUGGUUUAUAUUUAGGACAAUGUUUUACAGCUCAUUAUAUUUUACUUUUUUAAAUCAUUUUAUUUAAUUAUUUGAUAUAUUUAAAUUGAUAAAGCCACACAGAAGGCCAGAGAUGAUUACAGACGCCUAAUCUGAAGUACCCAAAAGAGCCACUAGAGCUAUUGUGAUAGAUUACAUAAAAUCCUUGAAAGAUUCCACAAUUCUGGUAGUUUACUGGUAAACUUUGCAACCUCUAAUCAGUUCACUUGACAGCAAAUAUACCAUAUACUAUAACGAAGGGGAGGAUAGUUCUGGUUGGAUUCAAGUGAGGUGCAUUGGCUACAUUGCCUGACAACUCAUCCUGAAUUUAAUUCCACUGCUCUAUCGAUCGCUCGAGAAGAAAUGCUUGUGGGCGUUUGACCUGAGCUAUGUGGAUGGGCAGUCAGGCUAUUGGCUACAGUCUUUUUGUUUAGAAUUGUAAAAAACUCCUUUCUUUCUUUUAUCUCUCCCCAUCUUCAUUUCUGUCUGCCUGCAUGUCUGUCUCUCUGUCUGUCUCUCUCUCUCACAGAUAAUUCUGAACGUUACCGCCAUGGACCUCUACAGGAGUCACUUGUGCUGGUAUGACCAUGUGGAGGUCCGAGACGGGUUCGGGAGAAAAGCCCCUCUGAAAGGUCUUUACAUGGAAGAAGAUUUAGAGUAAAAGCCAUCCAUAGAGAACUCUCCAGAGAGGCCUGCUAUCUACAUCUGCCAAUAACUCUUUCAGAAAACAUCCAAUUAAGUCAAUGUUCACCUGAGAUUUUGAAAUCCUAGAGCAGAACAGAAUGGUUAGAAUGUACAAUAUGUUCAGAAUAAUAGACUGAUGCAUAAAGAUCAGACAUCGCCAGCUGUCUGUGUAAUAGUGAUAAACUAUGCCUCGGAUUCAAUCGCCCCUUUUCUGCUAGGCACCUUUUAAAGGCAAUGUUCCCUCGUUCACGGAGACCGCAUUCACAGUAAACUUUGUUUUUGUCGGCACACUCGGAAAUGACCUUUAAAUGUAAAUCGCACAAUAAGGUGGAUCUAAUGCAGAUCAGAAUGAAUCCCGGCCUAAGAGCUGCCUGCCUCAGUGUUAUUAGUCAUUACCCUGGAGUUGUUGUUGUGUUUUUGUUUUAUGUUUUGCAUCAGGCCGUUACUGUGGGGACAGUCUACCUGGCCCAAUCGUUUCCACGGACAGUCGGCUAUGGAUAGAGUUCAGGAGCAGCAGCAACUGGGUGGGCAAGGGCUUCUCAGCCGUGUAUGAAGGUAACAUCAGCCAUUUCACCAUAGACCAUAUUGUUUAUAUUUGGUUUAUAUAUAUCUGCAUAUAUAUAUAUAUAAUAUUUUUUUCAUUUUUUAGUGUUUGAAAAAAGCCUUAGUUUUCUGCAAAAUUCUAAUUACGUAAACUCUAUACACAGAAAACUCAUGCUUACCACUAUAUUCUCAUGAUCUCAAAAGAAGGGGAAAAGGGGGAAGUUGAUAUUGUUGUUGGAAGAAUUCAUGGAAGGUGUAACCCCCUCCCUCUCCUUCCCUCUCUCACCAGCCAUCUGUGGGGGAGAGGUGAACAGGGACAAUGGCCAGAUCCAGUCACCCAACUACCCUGACGACUACCGACCCAACAAAGUGUGCGUGUGGAAGAUCACAGUAGCGCAGGAUUUCCAUGUGGGCCUCUCCUUCCAGUCAUUUGAGGUAAAGGCUGUGAGGUGGAAAGGGAAGUGGAAUGUAAUUUUCACUCAAUCCUGUACUUGUAUGAGACACCCAGAUACUGCUGAGCAGAAGGAAUAAUUUGCAUUCAAUCUGGGAUGACAGCAGCACAUCAUCUUGCUGCCAAUCAUAAAGUCCAGAUACUUGGAGAUGAUGGACGUGAUGGAGACUUCUUCUUUAUCACUUAUAGGAGGAUACUGCUAUGUCGGUUUGAAAUAAUCAUAUUUAAAACCGACAUACAGUGAGGGAAAAAAGUAUUUGAUCCCCUGCUGAUUUAGUACGUUUGCCCACUGACAAGGAAUUGAUCAGUCUAUAAUUUUAAUGGUAGGUUUAUUUGAACAGUGAGAGACAGAAUAACAACAAAAAAAUCCAGAAAAACGCAUGUCAAAAAUGUUAUAAAUUGAUUUGCAUUUUAAAGAGGCAAAUAAGUAUUUGACCCCUCUGCAAAACAUGUCUUAGUACUUGGUGGCAAAACCCUUGUUGGCAAUCACAGAGGUCAGACGUUUCUUGAAGUUGGCCACCAGGUUUGCACACAUCUCAGGAGGGAUUUUGUCCCACUCCUCUUUGCAGAUCUUCUCCAAGACAUUAAGGUUUCGAGGCUGACGUUUGGCAACUCAAACCUUCAGCUCCCUCCACAGAUUUUCUAUGGGAUUAAGGUCUGGAGACUGGCUAGGCCACUCCAGGACCUUAAUGUGCUACUUCUUGAGCCACUCCUUUGUUGCCUUGGCCGUGUGUUUUGGGUCAUUGUCAUGCUGGAAUACCCAUCCACGACCCAUUUUCAAUGCCCUGGCUGAGGGAAGGAGGUUCUCACCCAAGAUUUGACGGUACAUGGCCCGUCCAUCGUCCCUUUGAUGCGUUGAAGUUGUCCUGUCCCCUUAGCAGAAAAACACCCCCAAAGCAUAAUGUUUCCACCUCUAUGUUUGAUGGUGGGGAUGGUGUUCUUGGGGUCAUAGUCAGCAUUCCUCCUCCUCCAAACACGACGAGUUGAGUUGAUGCCAAAGAGCUCCAUUUUGGUCUCAUCUGACCACAACACUUUCACCCAGUUCUCCUCUGAAUCAUUCAGAUUUUCAUUGGCAAACUUCAGACGGGCAUGUAUAUGUGCUUUCUUGAGCAGGGGGACCUUGCGUGCGCUGCAGGAUUUCAGUCCUUCACGGCAUAGUAUGUUACCAAUAGUUUUCUUGGUGACUAUGGUCCCAGUUGCCUUGAAAUCAUUGACAAGAUCCUCCCGUGUAGUUCUGACUGAUUCCUCACCGUUCUCAUGAUCAUUGCAACUCCACGAGGUGAGAUCUUGCAUGGAGCCCCAGGCCGAGGGAGAUUGACAGUUCUUUUGUGUUUCUUCCAUUUGCGAAUAGUCGCACCAACUGUUGUCACCUUCCCACCAAGCUGCUUGGCGAUGGUCUUGUAGCCCAUUCCAGCCUUGUGUAGGUCUACAAUCUUGUCCCUGACAUCCUUGGAGAGCUCUUUGGUCUUGGCCAUGGUGGAGAGUUUGGAAUCUGAUUGAUUGAUUGCUUCUGUGGACAGGUGUCUUUUAUACAGGUAACAAACUGAGAUUAGGAGCACUCCCUUUAAGAGUGUGCUUCUAAUCUCAGCUCGUUACCUGUAUAAAAGACACCUGGGAGCCAGAAAUCUUUCUGAUUGAGAGGGGGUCAAAUACUUAUUUCCCUCAUUAAAAUGCAAAUCAAUGUAUAAAAAUUUUGUCAUGCGUUUUUUUGGAUUUUUUUUAUUUAUUCUGUCUCUCACUGUUCAAAUAAACCUACCAUUAAAAUUAUAGACUGAUCAUUUCUUUGUCAGUGGGCAAACGUACAAAAUCAGCAGGGGAUCUAAUACCUUUUUCCCUCACUGUAGAUGAGCUGUGAGUUUGUAGGACAGUUGGGCAUCCUGUGUCAACGUCCUCCCCAAUGUUCCUUGCCUUAUCUCUACCAUAGAUUGAGAGGCAUGACAGCUGUGCCUAUGACUACCUGGAAGUGAGAGACGGGAACUCAGAGAGCAGUCCACUGCUGGGCCGCUUCUGUGGCCACGAAAAACCAGACGACAUCAAGAGCAGCUCCAAGCAGCUUUGGAUGAAAUUUGUGUCUGAUGGAUCAGUGAACAAGGCCGGAUUUGCUGCCACCUUCUUCAAAGGUCAGAGGUCAAGAAUAUUGUCCAUCUGUGACUAGUGCUAAUGAUGACACAGGAUUGGGUAAUAUUUGGCACAAAAAUCCUUUAUAAAAUGUGGUACCAGGGAAGAAUUAUGCUUAAUAAUAUAGGAGUUCACAUUCACAUCUGUGCAACCAUCUUCUGAUAAUUAAACUGUAUCCCAGGCCUUCACAUUGACAUCACUUGACAAUUGCUGGUACAUUUUGGGUUACAUCAUUAUUAUUUUGAAAAUGUUCCAAGGUAUGAGACUUUUUAUUUUUAUACAGUUUUUGGGUGAGACAGCGACCUUGAGUAUAAAUGAGGGAAAUUAGGCACAACUCUCGUUUGUCAGUUUAAAUUGUCAUAUUUUAUUCAGCUGUAUAUUUUUGCACAUCUUAUCUGAUGAUGGACAGUAAAAGAGGGCAUUUUGAAUUGAUAAACUAGAGUUGUGUCUUCCUCCUCAUAUAAGUUAAUUUGAUAUACUUAGUAUUUGUGGGCUUUACAUGGAAGGCUAGUAAAGUUAUUAAAAUGUUUAUUUACACACAGGUGCAUAUCCAGGUGCAUAUCCAGGUGCAUAUCCAGUGCAUAUCCAGUGCAUAUCCAGUGCACCUGUGUGUAAUUCAACAUUUUAAUAGCUUUACUUUGGCCAUUUGCUUUAUGAUGUACUUGUUUUUUCUGUGGACUAAUAGGGUACACUACUUCAAUGGGAGGGAAGUGGAACUGAUGGUUUCUUAGAAAUGUUUUGCUACAUUUUCUCUUUCUUCCUUCAUGGGAUGUCAUGACCUCUGGGUGAAAUAGAUGGAGUAUAUGAUGAACUCUUUAUUUCUGUGGACUGAAAAUACAAAGGGAAGGAUGUAGAAUUGAUGGUUUCCUAGAAUGCUUUGCUAAAUGUUCUCAUUCUUCUUUCAUCAUGGCAUAUUACGACGACGUCUGUGCUUGCAAGAAGUUGACUAUGAUGAACAUACAAAGGGAAGGAAGUGGAAGUAGUUAUACAAUGUGCAGUAGAACUGAUGGUUUCUUACGGUUCCUUUCUCCUUCUUAAUUGCAUAUCACACUGGCGUCUGUGGGUGGUAGAGAUGGACGAGUGUUCUAAGCCUGAUAAUGGGCGCUGUGAGCAGCGCUGUGUGAAUACCCUGGGAAGCUACCGAUGCGCCUGUGACCCUGGCUUUGAGCUCGCCUCAGACAGACGCAGCUGUGAGGGUGAGUGCAUGGGGUGAUUACUUAUCCAUCUCCUAAAAACACCAUCCAUGUAGUAUGAAUCACACAACUUCACCAUCCCACUCAUUGGACAGUCUCAAGGUUAUAGACAACUCAAUCCACAGUCUCACAUCACAAAAUAACCAUCUGUGCUAUUGUCAUAAUUGAAUAAUGAGCUUCUCAGAAGGAGAAAAAUAUCCCAAUAUUGACACCAGUGUAGCUGAAAAGCACUCAUCUGUCUUCUAACUAAAUGUUGAUAUUCUUUAUCACUUGGACAUCAAUGUGCCAGAUGCUUACUGUGGAACUUCAGUCAUGGUUGGAGGAUGGAGAAAUGGUGCCCAUUGUAUGCAGACUAGUGCUUAGUACUGUAUGUCUUCAUCCUCUGUAGGCUACAUUCACAUUACAGACAGCUAAGGAGCCUCCAGACACACACUGAUUUAUAUACUCAGUGUCUUCUGCCACCUCAACAAUGGUUUAAUCAUCCUUUAUCGGAGGAAAGUGUGUUUUUAUUACAGUCAGACCACUUCAUCGCUGGUCUAUUAAGAACAAGGAGGCGCUAAAUGGAUUUAGAAAAAGCUAGGAUACAUGCAAAGAGUAUUUUCACACAUUUCAGAGAAACAAGACCUGUACAUUAUGAAAAGCUCUCCAUCAAGCUUUAAUGGGCAUCUGAGCCCAUAUGGAAAAGUUAUAUAUGGCAAUACAGGUAUAUGUAUAUUACUUAUGUUUUAUAUGGACAUACAGUGGGGAGAACAAGUAUUUGAUACACUGCCGAUUUUGCAGGUUUUCCUACUUACAAAGCAUGUAGAGGUCUAUAAUUUUUAUCAUAGGUACACUUCAAAUAUGAGAGACGGAAUCUAAAACAAAAAUCCAGAAAAUCACAUUGUAUGAUUUUUAAGUAAAUAAUUUGCAUUUUAUUGCAUGACAUAAGUAUUUGAUACAUCAGAAAAGCAGAACUUAAUAUUUGGUACAGAAACCUUUGUUUGCAAUUACAGAGAUCAUACGUUUCCUGUAGGUCUUGACCAGGUUUGCACACACUGCAGCAGGGAUUUUGGCCCACUCCUCCAUACAGACCUUCUCCAGAUCCUUCAGGUUUUGGGGCUGUCGCUGGGCAAUACGGACUUUCAGCUCCCUCCAAAGAUUUUCUAUUGGGUUCAGGUCUGGAGACUGGCUAGGCCACUCCAGGACCUUGAGAUGCUUCUUACGGAGCCACUCCUUAGUUGCCCUGGCUGUGUGUUUCGGGUCGUUGUCAUGCUGGAAGACCCAGCCACGACCCAUCUUCAAUGCUCUUACUGAGGGAAGGAGGUUGUUGGCCAAGAUCUCGCGAUACAUGGCCCCAUCCAUCCUCCCCUCAAUACGGUGCAGUCGUCCUGUCCCCUUUGCAGAAAAGCAUCCCCAAAGAAUGAUGUUUCCACCUCCAUGCUUCAUGGUUGGGAUGGUGUUCUUGGGGUUGUACUCAUCCUUCUUCUUCCUCCAAACACGGCGAGUGGAUUUUAGACCAAAAAGCUCUAUUUUUGUCUCAUCAGACCACAUGACCUUCUCCCAUUCCUCCUCUGGAUCAUCCAGAUGGUCAUUGGCAAACUUCAGACGGGCCUGGACAUGCGCUGGCUUGAGCAGGGGGACCUUGCGUGCGCUGCAGGAUUUUAAUCCAUGAUGGCGUAGUGUGUUACUAAUGGUUUUCUUUGAGACUGUGGUCGCAGCUCUCUUCAGGUCAUUGACCAGGGCCUGCCGUGUAGUUCUGGGCUGAUCCCUCACCUUCCUCAUGAUCAUUGAUGCCCCACGAGGUGAGAUCUUGCAUGGAGCCCCAGACCGAGGGUGAUUGACCGUCAUCUUGAACUUCUUCCAUUUUCUAAUAAUUGCACCAACAGUUGUUGCCUUCUCACCAAGCUGCUUGCCUAUUGUCCUGUAGCCCAUCCCAGCCUUGUGCAGGUCUACAAUUUUAUCCCUGAUGUCCUUACACAGCUCUCUGGUCUUGGCCAUUGUGGAGAGGUUGGAGUCUGUUUGAUUGAGUGUGUGGACAGGUGUCUUUUAUACAGGUAACGAGUUCAAACAGGUGCAGUUAAUACAGGUAAUGAGUGGAGAACAGGAGGGCUUCUUAAAGAAAAACUAACAGGUCUGUGAGAGAUGGAAUUCUUACUGGUUGGUAGGUGAUCAAAUACUUAUGUCAUGCAAUAAAAUACAAAUUAAUUGCUUAAAAAUCAUACAAUGUGAUUUUCUGGAUUUUUGUUUUAGAUUCCGUCUCUCACAGUUGAAGUGUACUUAUGAUAAAAAUUACAGACCUCUACAUGCUUUGUAAGUAGGAAAACCUGCAAAAUCGGCAGUGUAUCAAAUACUUGUUCUCCCCACUGUAUAUGGUGGAAACAUAUUUGCCCAUAUAUGUAUCCACACAUUUAGGUACAGUUGAACUCGUUUUUCAACCACUCCACAAAUGUCUUGUUAACAAACUAUAGUUUUGGCAAGUCGGUUAGGACAUCUACUUUGUGCAUGACACAAGUAAUUUUUCCAACAAUUGUUUACAGACAGAUUAUUUAACUUAUAAUUCACUGUAUCACAAUUCCAGUGGGUCAGACGUUUACAUACAUUAAGUUGACUGUGCCUUUAAACAGCUUGUGAUGUCAUGGCUUUAGAAGCUUCUGAUAGGCUAAUUGACAUCAUUUAGUCAAUUGGAGGAGUACCUGUGGAUGUAUUUUAAGGCCUACCUUCAGACUCAGCGCCUCUUUGCUUGACAUCAUAGGAAAAUCAAAAGAAAUCACCCAAGACCUCAGCAAAUGUUUUGUAGACCUCCACAAGUCUGGUUCAUCCUUGGGAGCAAUUUCCAAACGCCUGAAGGUACCACGUUCAUCUGUACAAACAAUAGUACGCAAGUAUAAACACCAUGGGACCACACAGCUGUCAUACCGCUCAGGAAGGAGACGCGUUCUGUCUGCUAGAGAGAAAGUACUUUGGUGCGAAAAGUGCAAAUCAAUCCCAGAACAACAGCAAAUGACCUUGUGAAGAUGCUGGAGGAAACAGGUACAAAAGUAUAUAUAUCCACAGUAACACGAGUCCUAUAUCGACAUAACCUGAAAGGCCACUCAGCAAGGAAGAAUCCACUGCCCCAAAACCGCCAUAGAAAAGCCAGACUACGGUUUGCAACUGCACAUGGGGACAAAGAUCGUACUUUUUGGAGAAAUGUCCUCUGGUCUGAUGAAACAAAAAUAGAACUGUUUGGCCAUAAUGACCAUCGUUAUGUUUGGAAGAAAAAGGGGGGUGCUUGCAAGCCGAAGGACACCAUCCCAACCGUGAAGCACGGGGGUGGCAGCAUCAUGCUGUGGGGGUGCUUUGCUGCAGGAGGGACUGGUGCACUUCACAAAAUAGAUGGCAUCAUGAGGAAGGAAUAUUAUGUGGAUAUAUUGAAGCAACAUCUCAAGACAUCAGUCAGGAAGUUAAAGCUUGGUCGCAAAUGGGUCUUCCAAAUGGACAAUGACCCCAAGCAUACUUCCAAAGUUGUGGCAAAAUGGCUUAAGGACAACAAAGUCAAGGUAUUGGAGUGGCCUUCACAACGCCCUGACCUCAAUUCUAUAGAAAAUGUGUGGGCAGAACUGAAAAAGCGUGUGCGAGCAAGGAGGCCUACAAACCUAACUCAGUUACACCAGCUCUGUCAGGAGGAAUGGGCCAAAAUUCACCCAACUUAUUGUGGGAAGCUAGUGGAAGGCUACCCGAAACAUUUGACCCAAGUUAAACAAUUUAAAGGCAAUGCUACCAAAUACUAAUUGAGUGUAUGUAAACUACUGACCCAAUGGGAAUGUGAUGAAAGAAAUAAAAGCUGAAAUAAAUAAUUAUCUCUACUAUUAUUCUGACAUUUCACAUUCUUAAAAUAAAGUGGUGACCUAAGAUAGGGAAUUUUUACUAGGAUUAAAUGUCAUUAAUUGUGAAAAGGGCCUUGGUCAGGGAGGUGACCAAGAACCAGAUGGUGACUCUGACAGAGCUCCAGAGUUCCUCUGUGGAGAUGGGAGAACCUUCCAGAAGGACAACCAUCUCUGCAGCACUCCAACAAUCAGGCCUUUAUGGUAGAGUGGCCAGACGGAAGCCACUCCUCAGUAAAACGUACAUGACAGCCCGCUUGGAGUUUGCCAAAAGGCACCUAAAGAACUCAGACCAUGAGAAACAAGAUUAUCUGGUCUGAUGAAACCAAGAUUGAACUCUUUGGCCUGAAUGCCAAGUGUCACGUCUGGAGGAAACCUGGCACCAUCCCUAUGGUGAAGCAUGGUGGUGGCAGUAUCAUGCUGUGGGGAUGUUUUUCAGCGGCAGGGACUGGGAGACUAGUCAUGAUCGAGGGAAAGAUGAACGGAGCAAAGUACAGAGAGAUCCUUGAUGAAAACCUGCUCCAGAGCGCUCAGGGCCUCAGACUGGGGCGAAGUUUCACCUUGCAACAGGACAACGACCCUAAACACACAACCAAGACAACACAGGAGUGGCUUUGGGACAAGUCUCUGAAUGUCCUUGAGUGGCCCAGCCAGAGCCCGGACUUGAACCCGAUCAAACAUCUCCGGAGAGACCUGAAAUUAGCUGUGCAGCGACGCUCCCCAUCCAACCUGACAGAGUUUGAGAGAAUCUGCUUAGAAGAAUGGGAGAAACUCCCCAUAUACAGGUGUGCCAAGCAUGUAGCGUCAUUCCCAAGAAGAGUCGAGGCUGUAAUCGCUACCAAAGGUGCUUCAACAAAGUACUGAGUAAAGGGUCUGAAUACUUACGUAAAUGUGAUAUUUACGUUUUUAUUCGUAAAACAUUUCUAAAAAUCUGUUUUUGCUUUGUCAUUAUGGGGUAUUGUGUGUAGAUUGAGGAGAAUUAUAAUUUUUUUAUCCAUUUUAGAAUAAGGCUGUAAUGUAACAAAAUGUGGAAAAAGUCAAGUGGUCUGCAUAGUUUCCCAAAUGUAUUGUUUUUUAAAUAUGUAAAAAAGAAAAUAAUUUCUGGAAUACAUUUCAAAGCAAUAAAUACAUUGAAUAAAAAAAAAAAUUCUGGGUACAUUUUGCAUGAUGAAAAUACAUGUAAUUAUUAUAAUUUUUUCUAUGUGGGUGUGAGAUUUAGAUAUGUUAUUAAAAUAUAUGAUCAUAUAUUUUCAAAUGUAUGUCACAUUUAUAUAUGAGUUUUAAAUAUAUUAUCAUAUAUUUUUAAUUAUAAACUGGGUGGUUCGAGCCCUGAAUGCUGAUUGGCUAACAGCCGUGGUAUAUCAGACCAUAUACCACUCACGCAGCUUGGUGAGAAGGUGACAACAGUUGGUGCAAUUAUUCGCAAAUGGAAGAAACACAAAAGAACUGUCAAUCUCCCUCGGCCUGGGGCUCCAUGCAAGAUCUCAGUUGCAAUGAUCAUGAGAACGGUGAGGAAUCAGCCCAGAACUACACGGGAGGAUCUUGUCAAUGAUCUCAAGGCAGCUGGGACCAUAGUCACCAAGAAAACAAUUGGUAACACACUACGCCGUGAAGGACUGAAAUCCUGCAGCGCCCGCAAGGUCCCCCUGCUCAAGAAAGCACAUAUACAGGGCCAUCUGAAGUUUGCCAAUGAACAUCUGAAUGAUUCAGAGGAGCUCUUUGGCAUCAACUCAACUCGCCGUGUUUGGAGGAGGAGGAAUGCUGCCUAUGACCCCAAGAACACCAUCCCCACCGUCAAACAUGGAGGUGGAAACAUUAUGCUUUGGGGGUGUUUUUCUGCUAAGGGGACAGGACAACUUCACCGCAUCAAAGGGACGAUGGACGGGGCCAUGUACAGUCAAAUCUUGGGUGAGAACCUCCUUCCCUCAGCCAGGGCAUUGAAAAUGGGUCGUGGAUGGGUAUUCCAGCAUGACAAUGACCCAAAACACACGGCCAAGGCAACAAAGGAGUGGCUCAAGAAGAAGCACAUUAAGGUCCUGGAGUGGCCUAGCCAGUCUCCAGACCUUAAUCCCAUAGAAAAUCUGUGGAGGGAGCUGAAGGUUCGAGUUGCCAAACGUCAGCCUCGAAACCUUAAUGACUCGGAGAAGAUCUGCAAAGAGGAGUGGGACAAAAUCCCUCCUGAGAUGCGUGCAAACCUGGUGGCCAACUACAAGAAACAUCUGACCUCUGUGAUUGCCAACAAGGGUUUUGCCACCAAGUACUAAGUCAUGUUUUGCAGAGAGGUCAAAUACUUAUUUCCCUCAUUAAAAUGCAAAUCAAUUUUUAACAUUUUUGACAUGUGCUUUUCUGGAUUUUGUUGUUGUUAUUCUGUCUCUCAAUGUUCAAAUAAACCUACCAUUAAAAUUAUAGACUGAUCAUGUCUUUGUCAGUGGACAAACGUACAAAAUCAGCAGGGGAUCAAAUACUUUUUUCCCUCACUGUAUAUGGUCAAUUUACCACGGCUAAGGGCUGUAUCCAGGCACUCCGCUUUGCGUCGUGCUUAAGAACAGCCCUUAGCCGUGGUAUAUUGGCCAUAUACCACACACCCUCGGGCCUUAUUGCUUAAAUAUCUGUCUCGUUCUUUGAUAUAUAUAAGGACAUAUAUGGCCAUAUAUUACCUUUCCGUAUGGGAGGUUACAUUAAUUGGUGUUUCUUACUUCCUUUUGCAUCAAGAUGACAUGAAUUCACUUUGUGUGGUAUAAACCUGUCACUUGCAAGUGCUAAAGUGCGUUUUAUUUCCUUCUGCCACUCGAAAUAUGGUUAUUCGAAAUUGCUAUACCUAGUGGAUGCUUAUUUCAUUUUGUAGAGCUUUGAUUUAAACCCUUGUACAUAUUUCAUAACAGGACUACAUAGGUAGAACCUGACUUUCUUAUUAGCUUCACUUAAUGUUGCAGAUUGAAACCUAGGGAAUAGUAUUAUGACCUCAGAGUAGUGUUGUGACCUUGCAACAGAGCAAAAAUCACAUUCACCUGCUUCAUACUUUAUUGAACUGUGAACCAGUUUUACCUACCUCUCCACCUUCCCUAAACUAUAACUGUUAUGAUGUGGUAUGAGGUGUGUUGCCUCGUGGCCACGUGUCCUUCCCUAAUGUCAGCUCUGUAUCCCCCCAGCAGCUGCGUGUGGAGGCUUCAUUACCAAGUUGAAUGGCUCCAUCACCACUCCCGGCUGGCCCAAAGAAUACCCCCCCAACAAGAACUGUGUCUGGCAGCUGGUGGCCCCUGCACAUUACCGCAUCACCCUGCUGUUUGAUGUCUUUGAGACCGAGGGCAACGAUGUAAGCAUUAUAGCCUGAGAACACCCAAUAAUGCUUACAAAUGUUGUGAGUGGGCAGGAAUGGGCAUUUACAAUGGCCUCGCAGUGAAAGUGACAAUGAAGAUCUUUCCUCAUGAGGGAAAUGAUUUGUCUAGUCCAGUAAGCCAGUGUGUGUGUGCUGUGGUUUACUUUGAGUUAUUCCAUAGUACUUGAUCCAGUUCCUCUUGAUGUGUGUCUGACGUCCUAUGUGGUCUCUUCUUCCCUCAGGUAUGUAAAUAUGAUUAUGUGGAGGUGAGGAGUGGACUGACCGCUGACUCCAGGCUUCAUGGGAAGUUUUGUGGAACAGAGAAACCAGAAACCGUCACCUCCCAAUACAACAACAUGCGCAUUGAGUUCAAAUCAGACAACACAGUGUCAAAGAAAGGCUUCAAAGCCCAAUUCUUCUCUGGUAAGCCUUGAAUUUUUUUGGGUUGCAACAAACAUACAUUUAAAGUAUGUUUACACAUGGUCAAAGGCUCAAACAUUAUAGUGUCACUAAGGGCUUACUGUAGAUGGGUUUAGCAAUAUCUGACAAUGUUCUGUUCCCAUGCAGACAAGGACGAGUGCUCUAAGGAGAAUGGAGGCUGCCAACACGAGUGUGUCAACACCUUUGGGAGCUACAGUUGUCAGUGUCGCAGUGGCUUUGUGCUGCAUGACAAUAAACACGACUGCAAGGAAGGUACAGGAUAA